AUGCUCAAACUCGAUGUCAUCGUCAUAGGCGGAGGCUUGGCCGGUCUCGCGUCCGCGACCGCGCUCGCUUCCGAUGGCCAUCGCGUGCGCCUCUUCGAAAAAUCGUCGGGCUUCCCCACGACGCCCGGUGCGAUACGCGUCCCCCCCAACGCCGCCAAGGUCCUCGCCCACUGGGGCCUCCACGAUCAGCUCUCCCAGAAGAGCGCCCUGCUGUCAGAAAUCCCCCUCUGCGAUAUGCACACGGGCGACCUCAUCGCCCUCACCGCGUGGAAACCCGAGAUGUACAGAGACAGCGGCGGGGACUUUCGUGUUAUGGCCUUCGACGCGCUCUACACGAUGCUCCACGACUACGCCGUCUCCAAGGGCGCCGAGAUCACGUUCAACUCCCCCGUCGCCUCCGUCGCGCCGCCGCCGCCGUCCACAGACCCGGCCCCAACGAGCGACCUCGGCGCGGGGCCCUCCGUCACGCUCGCAACGGGGGAGGUCCUCCACGCGGACCUCAUCGUCGGCGCCGACGGCAUCCACAGCACGGUGCGCGAGGCCCUCAACGAGGCCAGCCCCGCGCAGCACGCCUACUCGGGCCGCUCCGUCUACACCGGCAUCCUCGAGCAGCACGUCGUCGAGUCCGACCCCGGCAUGAAGCACCUCGCGCGCGCGCGCCAGAUGCUGUGGUUCGGCAACAACUGCUUCGGCAUCGGAUACCCGCUCCCGACCCAGAACGCGUGGGGCCUGCACGUCGACCUCCCCGAUCCGCCAGGCGAAGACGCCUCCGCGGCGCGCGACUGGGAGUACGUCGCGCCCUCGAGCGUCGACUGCGCGCAGCUCGAACCCCGCCUCCAAUACUUCUUCAAGCACGCGCGGACGCUCGCCCGCGGGCGCUACGUCGACCGCGCGCCCGCACAGUCCUGGGUCGACCCCCAGCGCCGCAUGCUCCUCGUCGGCCAAGCCGCGCACCCCUCCUUCUGGUGCGCGCCGUACCUCACCGCAGACUGCCUCGAGUCCGCCUGCGUCCUCUCCACGCUCCUCGCGCACCUCCGCGUGCCCGCGCAGCUGCCCUCGAUCCUGUACGCCUACGAGGAGAUACACGCGCCGCGCGCCGCGCGCCUGCACGACACCGAGCGCAGCUACCGCAUCUACGUCACGCUCUCCGGCGCUGCGCGCGCCGCGCGCGACGCCGACCUCCGCGCGUCGAUCACCGCGACGGAGGCGGCGGAGGUCGCGAGGCGGCGCGCUGAGAAGCGCGAGGGGUCCACGUACGGGUCUGGCUCGGGCUCGGGCUCGCGCGGCGCGCGGUCCGUGUGCUCGGCCGAGGGGGGCGCGUCGGCGUCGGCGCCGCCGGAGGAAGAAGAGGACGAUGGGGGCGAGGACGACGAGGACGAGGACGAGGGCCUCGGCGAGCUGGCGCAGCAGUACGCGGAGAACGCGGAGCUGUGGGGGUACGACGCGCGCGACGCGGCGGAGGACUGGUGGGUCAAGUGGGGCAUGCUGCGCGAGCGGACGCUGUUCACGCCCGAGGAGCUCGCGCGCUUCUCGUGCGCGCUGCAGGUGCGCGUCGACCACUGAGACGCGCGUGGUGCGGGCUGUCUCACGAGGUUUUGAUUUUAUUUUAUCUUUCACGACGCGAUCAUGAUGUAAAGAUGGGGGCGGCGAGUGGGGUGUGUUUCCUGUAAACGCAGGACGGAGCGGCCCCCCAACGACGCGGCGAUUCUGAUAGAUACGGUAGCGGCAGACCUGUCUACUUACUUACAGCGUGCGGUAUAGCAUAGCAUACGUGCAGGAUU